AUGCUUUACAAAAUAAAGGUAAGUUAUUAUACCAUUUCAAUUAAUAGAUUGUUGUAUUGGAAAUAUAAUAGAUGCAUAUUUUUUUUUUCUUCUUUUGAAAGAAACGAAAAAAAGGAAAGUAAAAAAAUUGAAGAUAAUAAUAGUGAAAAAGAGCAUUUUUCAUUUGAUAAAAAAGUUCAUUAUUUUAAAGAAAAUCUCUUAAAUGACACAAGAGAAAAUGAUAAAUUAACUAAUGUCAUAUUUAAUAAAAUUGUAGAUGAACAUAAAUUAAAUGAAGAAAAAAAAAAAGAUGGUAAAAAAAAAAAAAUUACUGAAGAAAAUAUUACAAUAAAUGAAAACAACAUACAAAUAAAAGAAAAGGAACGUAAAAUAUACAAUACUGAAGUAAAUUGUGAUAAUGCAGAGGACAUGGAAAUAAGUAAAAGUGAAAAUUAUACAUUAACAAAAAAUGAAAUAAUCAUUAGAAAGAAAAAAUUAAUUCCUAUUAAAAAUUCUAAUGAAAAUAAAAAAAACAAUGAGUUAAUUUGUUCAAAGCAAAAUAAUAGCUUUUCCAGUGAAUUAGAUAAAAGAAAUUCAAGAAAAGAAAAGUUACCUAUAAUAAAAAAAGAAAAUGGCAUUAUUGAUUGCACCUUAGAUAAAAACAUAAAUAAUAUUUUAGUAAACCAUAAAGGUAAUAAACUAAUAUUAAAUGAAAAAAAGAAGGAUGAUCAUUUCUAUAAAAUUUUUUUUUCUUCUAAAAAAGUAAAAAUAAUAAAAUCACAAAAUCAUCCUAUUUUUAUUCAUUUAUAUAAGUUAGCUACUGAUAUGAAUUAUAGAGAAAAACAAGAAAAAAUUUUGUUAACAAAUAAAAAAAUCAUACUAGAGAGACAAAAGAAUCAUAUUACUAGAAUUUAUACAAAUAGUAUCAACAACUUAAAAGAUUUUCAUUCUUUUGAUAAUUUUAUAUUGCUAUCGAAUAAAUUACUAAAGAAGUUAUCUUUUCUCUAUUCUUUUAAAAAUGGAGUAUUAGCUGAAAUAUCUCAUAAAUUUCAUUUUGAUAAUGUCGGUUUUCCCUUUUUAGCAUUCUGUUUUUACAACGUUAAUUAUGAAGAUAAAAAGAAAGAAAAAAAAGAAGUUAAACAAGAGCUUUUAGAUAGUAAUUUAAGAAUUAAUUAUCAUUAUAUUAAAAAUAAAAAAGAUACAAGCAAUAUAAAAAAUAAGAAUUUGGGAACAAAUAGUACAGAUUUUAAUGAAAUUAACGUAUUUCAUGAAAAUGAGGACAUAGACAAAAAAAAAAAUAAUGUCAAAAAUAAAAAUGAAGAGAUAUCAUAUAAAGAAGAAGAAAGUUUAGAAUACUUAUGUAAUGGAGAUAUAGGAACUCUAAUAAGAAGUUGCUUUUUGUUAAAAUGGCAAUGCAUAUUUAAUAUUGAUGAUUUAAGUAAAAAAAGAAAAAAAAAAAACAGUUACAAAAAUAAUGACAUAAAAAAUAUUUAUGAUAUUGAUUUUUUUCAUCCAUUAACUUUACGUGCGUCUUCUGGUUAUUUAUUAGAUAUCCCAUAUAAAAGCUCAAAUUUAAAUGAAAUAUAUGAAUAUACAAAGGAAAACAAAAUAUUAUUAUUAAAAUAUAAUAGCAAUAGUGAUUUUUAUAUAAAUUAUAAAAAAAUGUGUUCUGAAGAUGAUAAAAUGUUAAAUUUAUUAAAGAAAUCAAAGGGUGUUUUUCUUAUAAUUGAUAAUUGUAACAAUAUAGAGAAAAAAUAUAAAUUAAUUCAUAAAAAUUACAUUAAUAUUAGUAAUAAUUUACAUUCAGAUGAUAUUUUUGAUAAUAUUUACUAUGUUAAUUUAAAAAAUGAUAGUAAUAAAAAAUUGGAUCUUAUUUCUGUAUAUAGUAUUUUUAUGUACAUAUUAAAAGUAAAUUAUUUUAAACACAUUCCUCAAUCAUCUUAUGUUUAUUUUCAAUAA